CCCUCUCAGACUCUUCAAUGCCGCCUUUUCCUUCUGCCCGGAUUCCUUGUCGCGCAAUCCGUCGCUUUACAAUUACGCAACAGUUCACAAAGAAACCGUGGUAACUACUGAAUGCCACUGGCGCUUGACUGUCACGACGAUCGUCUUUUUGCUGGUCGUGGAUCAGAAUUGAGGCAUUGGGGAAGAAUUGCGUGGGAACAGGGGAAUCUCAUGCAGUGGAGUUGGCGGAAGCUUACAAUUAUUGGACCUGCUGGGAGAGUGGGUUUUUAACAUGACGGGUUUCGAGAUUUUACGGAAUGGUUUUCGUUGUUUGAGGGAGCUGUGAAAGCGCGAAUGACUGUUCGCUGUGAGGAAGCGAAUGUUUCGAAGUAGAGCGAUAGAGAGAGCGAGAGAGAGUGAGAGAGAGAGCGAGAGAGAGUGAGAGAGAGAGCUUCUUGGACGUACGUUAACCAGCUGAUCGAUUUGGCAGGUCUCAAUUUACGAUACAAUCAUCAAACUGGCUGAGGAAUCAGUAGCUUUUGAACCUACAAAAAGCAGGGCAUUCAAUAUCGAAAAGGGGAAGACAUCGGCAUAGAGACCAGAAUCCUCUUUUAAACUCAUCACCUGGGUGAACUUCAAUGACAGGGUCGCCGGGCUACCAGAGCUUGCAAUUUCUGCUGCUCCUGUUGAGUUGUAUAGGCUCUGGGAAAUUCUGGCACACAUGUAUGGGAGGCCAUUCAGUGACCGACGACGACCACUUCGCAACAAAUGAAGUCUUGAACCCCAUGAGCCCCAUGGAUUUGCACAAGAGCAUCUUCGGGAAAGGCAAAUCUAAAGAUAGGUGUGCACACACUGUGAAUGCCUGGGAGGGUCGUCCGCACAGCGUUUCUAUCACCGAUUUUGGUGCGGUGGGUGAUGGGAAGACACUGAAUACACAUGCAUUCGAGAACGCUAUCUUCUACCUUCGCAGUUAUGCUGCUAAUGGCGGCGCACAGUUGUACAUCCCAGUGGGACUCUGGCUAACUGGAAGUAUCACGUUGAUUAGUCACCUCACUUUAUUCCUGGAAAAUGGGGCUACAAUCCUCGGUUCAGAGGACUUUUUCGACUACCCAGUUAUUCCAGGAUUGCCAUCCUAUGGUCGAGGCCGUGAGCUGCCAGGCCCACGAUUCAGCAGUCUUAUCAAUGGCAAUGGCCUUGAAGAUGUUAUUAUCACAGGUGAUAAUGCAACAAUAGAUGGGCAAGGAGCAGUGUGGUGGAGUGCAUUCCGAAAAAAAACAUUGAAUUAUACUCGGGGUCACAUGUUAGAGCUCAUUGAGUCGAAAAACAUCUUGAUUUCAAAUCUUACUUUUAAGAACUCACCAUUCUGGACCAUCCAUCCGGUCUAUUGCAAGAAUGUGGUGGUGAAAAGCUUAACCAUCUUGAAUCCGUUCGAUGCUCCGAACACAGACGGUAUCGACCCAGACUCAAGCCAACAUGUCUGCAUUGAGGACUGCUACAUCAGCGUAGGCGACGAUGCGAUUUCAAUCAAGAGUGGAUGGGAUCAGUUCGGAACGUCUUUUGCGAUGCCGAGCAAACACAUCAAAGUCCAACGCAUACUAGCGUUCUCACGCUCGAGUGCUGGAAUUUCUUUCGGCAGCGAAAUGUCUGGCGGCAUUUCCGACGUCAAGGUGGACGGCAUGGUCGUCACUGGGGCCAGAUGGGGUGUGCGUAUCAAAACAGCGGUUGGACGUGGUGGAUAUGUGAGGGGUAUUUCAGUGAAGAACAUUGUUCUGCACUCAAUUAGGACUGCAAUUGCUGUCAUGGGCAACUAUGGAGAACACCCUGAUGAGAACUGGAAUCGGACUGCUUAUCCUCUCAUUGAGGAUAUUCGAAUGAAGAACAUUGUGGGUGAGAAUAUCAAUCAAGCUGGUCUGUUUCUGGGACUGCAAGAAUCUCCUUUUCGUGACAUUCAUUUAGCCAACAUAGCCCUCCAAGUCAAUACAACCAAGCAGAUAUGGAACUGCUCAGAUGUGGCAGGUUCGUAUAUCUUUGUGUUCCCUCAACCAUGUGUUGAAUUCACGAGGAAAACUUAGAAUUAUAUUCUCCGUUCAUGUACCCAUCUCACCCAGCUUUGUGGUCGGCAGUUAGUGGGCUCUAUUAUCUAGUGAAAAUUCCUGUGCUACAAAUUGGGUCUUCAUGUAAGUUGAUCCAAACACAUUAACAGAGAGUUUUAGAGAAUAGCCUCUCUCCCCAUGUAUUAUCAUGGAUGAUUAUGGAUAUAACCAAAUGAGCGUAAUCACCAUUGAGGGAUUCCGAAAUCUUAAAUGUAUCGGUUUUUCUUAGACUUGUGAAGGUAUCUCGAGAGAAAAAGUCACGAUCUCAGACAUAUCUCUUCGCACUGCAUUACGCUUGUUAACGAGGUUGGUAAAUAUGAUUUCUGACUGUA